AUGAAGCAUUUAGAUUUAAAUUCCCAAGAAUUCCAUUCACCUAAACAAACACCGAAUAGAAGUUUCCAGUCUCUCAGACUCAGAAAUUUAAAUGAAGAACGAUUACGCAUAAAAUCUUUAGAUAAAAAAGAUCAAUUGUUAUCAAAAAUCCAAAGCUCUUCCGAUAUAUUUGAAUUAGAAAAUAGCUGAACAGAUUUAAAAGAAUCUAUGGCAAAUACUUCAAGAAAUGAUGAUUCUUCACAUAAACUUAAAUUACCAUUGAGUAAAAGUAGAAGAAGAGAACUGGGCCCAACCAAUACACAAUUUCUUUGUAAUAUUGCUCUAGCCACGCAAAAAGCACUUUCUACAAUAAAAUUCUUACCCUCUUGCUGUAUAAGUAAAUUAUUUUUUUGGGAUUUUUUUUUGAAUUUAAGGAAAUCUGUGUAUUAUUAAAUAUUGGGAGAUUAGAAAAUAAAAAAAAAGAAACAGAAACACAGUCUAAUAAUGUCAGUCUAGACAAGAUUGAAAAAGAAGGCUAUGAACAUAAAAUUAAUUGUAACAACUCAUACAAAUGAUAUAAAAAUGGACUUGAAAACACAAGCUAUGAUGAAAAAUCUAUAAAAGAAAAUGCAAAAAAUAAACAAAUGCCAAUAAAUAAAUCUCCGAAUCAAAAAUUAGUUUUGAAUCCUCAAAAGCCUCCAAAAAGUAGAAAUAAGCUAACUCUAGCUAACAAAUCAACUAGGGUUAUAGAUACAAAAAUAAAAGAUAAGCUCAAUACGAGCCAAGACUUAAAAAAUCCUCCCUUAUCUCCAUAUGAUACUAAAAUUGACAUUUUAAAAGCCCAGCAUUUAAAAAUCGAAGAUUUAAAAUUUAAAAAUGAAAGUCCAAGUUUUAAGCAGCGGUCAAAAAAGCCUAAAAAAUUAUCAAAAGCCCAAGAGUUUAAGCUCAUUGAUAGGCUCCAGAAUACCACUAGCGUAACAAGAAUACUUGAAAGGCUAAAUAAUUAA